AAGCAUCUCCCGGACCAGAGUAAGAUUGCCGCUUUUGAAGGGGAAACGGCAAGCAACAGUGAGGGGGUAGAGCGGUCAGGCCCUACCUCUGCUUCCGCUGUUUUUCAUGGCGGAGUAGAGCAAGGGGCUUGGGCUUCGUCGAUUUUGGAGGCGAACCAGGGAUAUUCUGAUGCCUAUCUUGAUAACUAUCAUGGAGAAUCUUUGUUGACGACCACACCACGACGAAACAAGUCCUGGAUCUUCGGUCAGCAGGGGGAAUGGUCAACACAACGAAAAAACGGGUCCUCGUUUGUAGAAGUCGCUUCUGUAGAGGAAGGUUUGGGAAAUGCCGGUCGUGAUGCAGAGCACAGGCGGACGACGUUCAAAACGUAA